GUUGAAGUUGAUGAGUUCCCCCAGCCUCAGUGACCUGGGGAAGAGUGACAAGGCAGCGUUGGAGGAGAGAGGGACACAGCAGAGAAAAGCUGGGGCUAACGCCACCUGGAACAGCAUCCACAAUGCUGUGAUAGCUGUGUUCCAGAGGAAAGACCUGGGAGAGAAUGACCUCUACAUCCUCAAUGAGGGAGUCAGGCAACUACUGAAGACGGAGCUGGGCUCUUUCUUCACUGAAUACCUCCAGAAUCAGCUGCUGACAAAGGGAAUGGUGAUACUGAGGGACAAAAUGCGUUUCUAUGAAGGUCAGAAGCUAUUGGACUCCUUGGCAGAGACGUGGGACUUCUUCUUCUGUGAUGUUCUGUCCAUGCUUCAGGCUAUCUUCUACCCAGUACAGGGUAAGGAGCCGUCGGUGCGGCAGCUGGCCCUGCUUCACUUCAGGAGCAUUAUCACUCUGAACAUCAAGCUGGAGGACGCCCUGUCCCGCCCCCGCGCCCGUGUCCCCCCCUCUAUCAUACAGAUGUUACUGAUACUGCAGGGUGUCCAUGAGUCUAAAGGAGUGACUGAGGACUAACUGUGAUGUGUGUGUUCCAGGGUGUCCAUGAGUCUAAAGGAUUCACUGUCUCCGUACCUGGGAACCCACGGACUAACUGUCCUCAAUGCAAUACUCCUCCUGCAAAAGCGUUUGCAGCGGUGCUGGCCCAAGUCAGGCGACGCCCCCGUAAAGAACCUGGUGAUGCGCUCCAAGUCCUACAACGUGCCCAUGUUGACUCCUGUGGUGGAGUAUGAUACCGAGACAGGCUCCGUGAGCAGCAUGGGCAUCCGCCGCCAUUCCGUCUGCGAGAUGACUUCCUGUCUGGAAGAAGGCGCCAUCAACGACAUCAGCACCACUUCCUCGCUGGCCUCCGCGGCCCAGCCGGGCCUCUCCUCCCUGGAGCAGGAGCUCAGCCUGACAGGGGUUGUUUGUGGUGGAGGAAGUCUGGAUCUCUGUGGGUCUGUGGGGUCUGAGUCUUUGGGGUCCCUACUCCAGCCCUCCAUCUUUCAGGACUCUCAGUCCCCAGGACCCUUCCUCCACGGCGGGGGGGAGUCGACGGUGUCCCCCUCUGUUCUGUGUCAGGUCCACUCUGGUUCAGAGACGGGGUCGAUCCCCAGCUGUUCCUCCAGCCCGGAGACAGUGGUAGAUCAGAUACUGGACUCUAUGGACUCUGACCCUGAUGGCAUCUUCAUAGACUUCUCCCACCACAGCUGCUCAGACUCUUCAUCCUCUGGUUACAGCAGGGAGAGUGGUAGACAGAGUGUGGUGUAAUUUGGGGUUUUCUGGUAACUAAUCACAGUUGGAUGAUCUAUGUGAUUGCCUGCUUAUUCACCACUGAUUUCUGGAAAAUCUGUGACAAGUGAGAAAGUGUCUGGAGAUUUGCAGCCCUGGAGGUCUGAUGAAUCUCAAGGGAUUAUCACACGUACUGACACCAUCUGUACUCCACUGACACCAUCUGUACUCCACUGACACCAUCUGUACUCCACUCACACCAUCUGUACUCCACUGACACCAUCUGUACUCCACUCACACCGUCGUCUCUGAAAACACAACGCUCUUUCUGGGGCCUAUUUUUCAUGGAAUAUUUCUACAGUAAAUUACCUUUGAUUAAAAAAAAAAUGUUUUGCUUGA